CAAGUCUUAUGUUAUUUUAGAAUUAAUGUUUUCUUUAUCCAUUUAAGUAAAAGUAAGUAGGAAGACAAUAGUGACAAGGAGCAAGGAAUUAGAGGCUAGGUUAAGGCUAUGACUAGGCAGCCGUAAAAGAAAGGAAGAGGUGAGGUGGCAGAAGAGAAAGUAGAAAGACCUAGAGGUAAUUUCAAAGCUUUUCUUCUGAACCACCUGUAAAGUUCUCAUGGUGAUUCUAACUGCUUUCAACUCAGCAAGUUGCAUUAAAACCAAAAGUCAAAGCAAAACACAAAACUGUCAGAUUUGUGUAGAAAAAUCCUAAUUUUUCCACAGUAGUGAAAUGGACAUGAUUUAGAAGUUUUCCUCUCUCUCUCUCUUUUUAAGUAGCAAAACAAGGAAAUUUCCUUAGGGAGACAGAAAUCAGACAAAUAGGGUUGGCUCUGGUGAAAGCUGGAAAUGUACUCGCAAGAAAAAGCAAUGGAGUAAGCCUCAAACUAUUUAGCCUAUUUCCUCAGACAAGUGUCGUUUCUCUGGCCAUCAAACAGUUGACAAUUACAGAGUCACACUGGCUCCACUGGGGACCCCAGGGGCUCAGAAAUGAGUAUAAGAGGUCUGGUAGCUGAGUCAUUCACCAAAUUCAGAGCUCCCUGUGCUGUGGACUUUAAAGGUUAAACAUCUCUCACUUUCUCUGUUAAUUAAAAACAAGGACAGGGAAGCAGGGAGGGAGGUCACCUGUUAGGAUAGGGCUUUGAGGAAUCCUAACUAGUCAGCCCUGGUUGUGGCAGCUACUGUGACUCCCAGAAUGAGACUCCUAAGUGGCAGAGACCCCCCAAAAAGCACCGAAGCAGAAGCAAGAGGGUCUCUGAAUCCAGGAAUAUCCCAUUAUUUGGCAGGUUUCCCUCACCCUCUGCUGGGAUUAGCCUGUUAGACAAUCCCAGAAUAGCUCUCAACCCAGCUACAUCCCUGGCAUGCAGUGCUUGAUGCUAUAUUUUGGGUUUGGUUAUGUCAGUUGUACCAUGUUGCCUUCCAGAACCAUCCCUUCGGGAGAGGAGCUGCCCAUCAAUUUUCCAGAGGAAAAAGAAAACAGGGAGUCAACCAAGAUGGACACUGAAGCAGCAGCAGCAGCAGCAGCAGCAGCAGCAGCAGCAGCAGCAGCAGCAGCGGCGGCGGCAUGGCUCAAAGGGCCGUGACUCAACAGGACACAGGCGUGAGCGGGUGUUAAAGGAGCCUGCGUCUCAGGAGAGGAAUCAAGGCCUUAGGUCGGAGGACAGCAGCUUACAUUACGCAGACAUUCAAGUGUGCAGCCGGACUCAGGCACGCUCUGCCCAGGAAGUGAAGCACCUGCAGUUACAAAAUGCUACAGAGUAUGCCACACUUUGCUUCCCCCAGGCCACACCCUGCUAUGACAGCAAGAACAGGACCCUAGUGUGAGCCUUGGGGUGGAAGGACCAGUUUCCAUCAUUUCACCACUCUCCUGUGGGAGAAUCUAUUACCCAGCGAUGGCAGCCACAUUUUAAGCUUAAAGAAUUCAAGAGCCGCUGGAAUUGUGUAUCUCCUGUCUUGCUCUCUCGCCUAGACCUAUCCCUUAUUUGCCGCCAUUAAAUUGGAGUUGUAUUUGGGUUAGCUAGGGGUGGAUGGAGUUGCGCAAAAUGAGGGAUAGGCUGAGUAUGCAGGAAGGUCGAUAUGUGACCCCUACCUUUACCCCCGCUCUUAAGUGCAGAAAGAACAGGUUACCCCUUAAACACUUGAGCUGAUCUUGUUGAACUUAUUCUAAGGGUAUCCCUUUUACAUAGCUUAAACUCCAAAGCUGAAGAAGGGGUGCACAGAAAAAGCAUCCUGAGCUUUUGUACACAGCCCCCAGGCCUGGCUUGGGCCGUUUCCUCAGUGGCUGGGUCAAGGGUCCCCGACCUAAACAGAUUAAUGAGGGCAGGGGCUGAGGCAUGGAGGAAACAUUCUCAGACCAUCGGUUACAAGGACUUUUAAGUCACUGAUACUGACUGACAGCACUGUGUGACCGGGAAACUCCCCUGGGUGGGACUGUUGGCCCUCACAGGUGCGGAGCGGCUAGGAUCAAUAAAUCGCACGUGGA